AUUGAAUCGUACAUACUAACCUGAGACAAUGCAGUAUCAAACUGGCGAACAAUGGGGCCCCUGAAGUCCGUCCGGGGUUAUAAAGCAAAGCCUGACCAGCCCAACGCAUGUUAUAACUCAUCGCAGCUUUCCACUGUCUGCUAUCCCUUUGGCGCUGACUACGUAAAUCACUCUCCUGCGUGCGCUAUCCUCUCGUUCAGUCACUCCAAUGGACUCGUUUACCAGCUUCGAAUCGUUUUUGCUCCUCGAUGAGCAACCAUCGCGAUCCACGGAAACUUCAUCCAUACCAAUUGAUCAGGAGUACAGCUAUGUCUUCCAAUCGGGUUUACACCACAGUACUGCUGAGUUUCUUUGUGCUGGGAUUUUAUUGUCGGCUGAGGCUGGAUAUCCUUCGCUGGUCCUACGUACAACUAGCAUCACGGUAUCACUCGCAGGGAUUUCUGGCUCCGACUAUGACAUUGAAGUAGAGGCAUCAAAGAAGGGUAUACGAACGUCAUGGGACACAGUCAGCGACGCAACUCUUCAGAAGGUUACACGCCCUGAUUACAAGAUUUCUUCCCAGUCCCAGGAAGAGUCUAGCCCCGACACUCAGAGCGAGGAUGAUCCAGAGAGCGAUACCGACAUAGGGACAAGCGGUAUCGGAAGAGGGCAGAAACUAUAUCCGCACGCCGUACCUUUUUCUCUCAGCGACCUUCGCCGGAUGAUGAAAGCAUGGUACGAAUUCGACCUCGCCAUUACGGUUGCCCUAGUCUCGCCUGUAGGAAACUGGUUGACUGGCGGUGACCACGUGAAAAACGUGAUGCUUCUCCUUCUGCUUGUCUUUUACUUGCACCAAAUAAUCGAGGGCCACGGCGCCGAUCAUACCCUUCGAGCGAAGGAUGCAUCCGCCGAAGACCGGUACACUCGCAUCGCUUCUUCUGAGCUGCGUGCUUUCGAGCUAUUUUACCUAGCGUUAACCAUCUUGUCACCAUGUCUCGGCUUCCAUAUCCUGGUCCACUAUCCUCCCUCGGAGAUGGAGAAAGCGCAGGAACAUUUAAAGCUUCUAACUGAAAAGGUCGCAUUGCUAGAAACACAACUCCGGGAGUCGCAGGCGCGGGUAGAAGCCGUCUCGAAUGAGAUUUACGCGAACGUGGAGGAAACUUACGAAGGUAUGGAAAGAGGUGUACGGAGACAAGAGAAAAAGUUGGAAGCCGCAAAGAACGCUCAUGAAACAAGGCUGUGUAGGCUGGAGAAGGACGUCGAGUCACUCUUGGAAAGGAAGGAGAUCCGCGCAGAUCCUGUGUCACCUACUUUGCUUUCUUCACUGGAGGAACAGCUGAAGAUACUCAAACCGUACUGGGCGGCUGGAAACACGCGACCCACGAGUCCGUCACGGUUGCGAUCCUGUCAGAAAUCUGGUUUAUGUCGUUCUCCGCCUAUCUCACUUGAGACCAUACCCGAACGUGCCGCCUUUCAGCCUACCAUACAUGUCGCCCCGUCUCCGUUCCACAUUUUGGGCUUGAAGUUAUUCUUUGGUAUCGGCGACCUCAUUACUCUCCCUUUGCGUUACCUGAUUGCCUAUCUUCUUUCCGGGGAAGUCUACAGCUUCCGUGGCUCUCCUCCGUUUCUGUGA